AAUUCAGCAACGCGGUAGGUGGCACUUCACGAGGAAGUGUCAAAAAGUGACAACUAGCAGACGACACCAAUGAACCAGCUAUGCAAUUAGGAAAAACUUUAUUUACAUUUGUGUCUUCUCCUAUCGGAACGACUGCGAGGAUCGUGAUCUAAUAGAUCAGUAGUUACAAUAAGUAGAUGACGUUUGAAUCUCGAAAAUUUUCUCUAAUUUAUGAUCCAUUUAAAAUAUUCAAUCUAACUGCAUAUUGUUAUUUUGCUCGUGUGGUGCGUACAUAUCAUUUUAUCGUUCAGAGCUGGUCGGAUAUAAUUCCGAAAUUCUAAGUUACAAUAUUUGGCUUAGAAUUAUUUUAUCGCUAGCAUUGAAGGUGAAAAUAAAUCGAGGUUGCCGUCUUAUGAGAACUUUGAGAAUGAAUUGAAUUUUGGAAAUGAAAAUAGCAAAGUCUACUGUGAUCUUUUUGAUCUUUGUUUUAAUGCUAUCGGUAUUUGUGGCUAAUGUAGCCAAUCUUAUAAAUGUCGACUCACAUUCCGCGAACAAUACUCCACUUUACAAAGGAUUGGAUGACACAGAACCGCAAUGGCUUGCCCCCAAAAAAUAUCAAAUCACAGGAACAUCAGACAAUAUUCUAUGGUUUCUACAGGUGUCAGAUAUCCACAUAAGUAUUUUCCGAGAUCUAUCCAGGAUUACAGAGCUGAGAGAAUUUUGUGAUAUCACAGUUAGCGCCAUCAGACCCUCGGUUGUUCUUGCAUCUGGUGACUUGACAGAUGCAAAGGCAGAAAAUAAAAUGGGCUCAGGGCAGAUUCAAAAAGAAUGGGAGCAUUAUCAACAAGUUUUGCAAGACUCCAAUGUCUUGCAAAAGACCAUGUGGCUGGAUGUAAGAGGAAAUCAUGAUAACUUCAAUGUGCCUAGUUUAACUUCAAAAGAAAAUUACUACAUGAAUUAUUCAGUGCAAGGACAAAGACACCCUCGCUCGUACAUGCAUCAAAUCACAGUUGGCUCCGAAAAAUAUACUUUUAUUGCGGUUGAUGCAUGUCUAGAACCUGGACCCCGAAGGCCGUUUAACUUUGUCGGUGUUCUCACCAGUGCCGAAGCAGACAAUAUUGCAAAAUAUGUUCAGCAGGCAAGAGCACAAGGUGGAGACUAUAUAAUAUGGUUCGGACACUAUCCAACUUCAUGUAUAUUGGCACAAUGUCCUGGAGGAGUGCGAAGUAUUUUAGGUAGAUAUAGGGAAGGAAUGGCAUAUCUAUGUGGACAUUUUCACAUGCUUGGUGGCGCUGUUCCCAACAUGUACACUUUACAGCAGGCAGGAUUCCUCGAAUUGGAACUUGCAGACUGGAAGGAUAAUAGAAUGUAUCGCCUAGGAGCAAUAGAUCACGGCCAAUUCUCAUUCAUUGACUUAAAACAUCGAGAGUGGCCUGUGGCAUUGAUCACCAAUCCGAAGCACGCACUGUACAUGAUGCCACAAAAAGAGAACUUACAAUCUAUUUCUGAAUCUACGCACAUCAGAGUCCUGGCAUUCUCAAUAGCGGAAUUGAAAUCUGUGGAAGUCCAGAUCGAUGAAGGAGGAUGGUGGGAAUGUCAUCAAGUGAAAGGGCCACUUUAUGUUGUUGAAUGGAACCCCAUACUUUAUAAAAGUGGGCUUCAUCUUAUACAGGUUCGGGUGCUGGAUAAUGAUGGAAGAGAAAGAAUAACGACUCAACCAUUCUCUUUGGAUGGUACAAGAUUGUCAUUCCGAAUCUUACCGAGAAUGAUCCUUAUGUUCAACAUCAGUCACAUCUUCCAAAUUUUAUUCGGGACCAUGCUGCUUGGAUUGGUGGUUCCGUUAUGCGUACUUCGACUUUUUCACAUGCUUUGCAGAAACAACAAAAUGCAUCGGCCUAGAAUUAGGAUAAAAGUGUUCCACUGGUGGCUUAGAAAAUUGUGGAUCCUGUCUACAGUUGACCGAUUGUUCUUCCCACUAGUUUUAUACGUACUUUAUUUGCCAGUGGGUCCAUGGGCUAUCGGAGAAAUAAUAGAAAAUCGAACUGGGACAAUAUUUGCAUGGGGUACAUGGGUUGGAACAUCUUACUUACCUGGAUCUUUCACCUAUGCCUAUGGUUUCUUCCAAUUAUUCUCCUUUCAUUUCCCCCUUACAUUAAUCCUUGCUCAUCGAGUCGACCAGAGGCUACAUCUCAUGGAAAAACCAUCGAGGAAACCCCCUACGGUACUUGCUUUAUUAGGGAGGCAUACACUCUUCACGGCACUGAUAAUUAUGCAGACAAGUAUGGUCUACUUUUUCUGGUUGGCAUAUGGAACUCUUGCCAUGAUUCUCGGCCCGAUGCGUACUUGGAGUAUAGUCUUGGCCAUUGUUCUAUGGUACCAGGCCAAUAGGAUGCCGGAAAGUUGUUUGAGGAGUGCUUCGAUAGUAUGGUCGUCUAGAAGUAGCGUAGUACAAAGCACCGAGAACGAAAAUGUGGAGCAUCUCAGUAGUGACAAAUAAGGUUUGAGAUCGGUCUACCAAUUUAUUCUUCGAGUUGAUAUGCAAGGGUUUAAACAAUCAAUAAUUUUAUCACAUCACAUCAAUUGAUGGCAUCCAUUGGUGCCCAGAGUCUAUGUAUACAUGUGAGACACACCAUUUCUUAAAUAUUACCUUGGAUUGUUGAAUCAAAUUAAUAUGUUCUUCGACUUUUCUUAACUGAUGUACUUAAAUCAGAAAAAUUUUCAAGUAAUGAUUGUUGUAAACUUCAUAAUUUCGUAAAUUGGGUUAAAGAUAAAGUUAUACCGAUUUGCACAAUCUGUUACUAUAACCAAUGUUACUUAAUUACAUGAAGUAGAUGUAGAUGUACUACAUAUUUAUGAAUAAUUCCGGUAGAUGAAAGUGAUUAAGUCCCAAAAAUUCAAUAAUCAGAAUUUUUCUGAAAUGAAGCCAAUGGACAAGGGUUGUACCAGAUAAAUUCAGUAUGUGUGAACUUGAAUGCAUGAAUUGACUAAUUCGUAUAAAAGUAACCAUUAUCAGUGUUACUUUUGUUACGUAUAUUUUACAAGCUGAUACAUCUAUCGUCUUGUGGUUGGAUUGUUACAUUCUGUUUUUCAUCUGUGAAAUAUCUGAGCUACAUCAAUGAGAUAAUCCUGUUGGCAAAUCAUAAAUACGUGCAGAACAGUUAGAUAUGUCAGUCCUAUUACUACAUCGUUGAUAUGUCAUAAAUCUGCCAAAAUGCAUGUGCCUCAUCUAUCAUUCAAGCGAUGAUAAGUUAUGAUUACAUAGCUACUAUAAAGCUGCAAAGGAAUACGUACGUACUUCAUGAUAAACUGAUCAUCACCAAUAUGCUAAAGAAGUAACACUUAAAUGUGAAUAUAAAUCUUAUUUCAUCAAACCAGACGAUAACAAAAGUUGAUAUCAGAAUUAUACAGCUCACAUGUAACGUAGCUUAUUCUGUAUCAAAGUGUAAUACGAUUUGAUGAAUCGAUAAAAGUAUCGAUGCUUCUUUUGGGAGAGGCACUGAGUAAUGAACGAUAAUUGCGGAAUAGUAAAUAUUUUCUAAUGAAAUUUAGAUUGAUUGAUGUUAGGAGUAAAUAGAGUCGAAUACAAUCCUUGAAACAGCUA